AAAGAUGCCUCGAAUGACAACAGAUUUACUUGCAAGGUGCACAGGACAUGCUAGAAGAAAAAGAGAUGAAACUACAGAGCAAUUCCUGAGACGAAUAACUCACCUCUAUUGUUCUGAAAAAGGCAUUGACAAGAUUGAAGGACUAUUGAAGUGCAGCAAUCUCUCUGUACUUUAUCUGUACGACAACAUGAUAUCUCAAAUUGAAAACCUUUCAUCAUGCCCAUCGCUCACACACCUCUAUCUCCAAAACAACCACAUCAGACAAAUGGCUAAUCUCUCUACCCUACACAGACUAACAAAACUGUAUUUGAGUGGCAAUGCAAUCACAGUUGUUGAAGGUUUAGAGGGUCUCCCUAAUCUAAAUGAGCUACACAUAGCAAAUCAAAGACUUCCCGAGGGAGAAAAGCUUCUCUUUGAUCCCAGAUCACUAUUAGCAGUAUCGGAAACUUUACUAGUACUGAAUGUAUCUGGCAAUGGAUUGGACAGCAUUGAAGAUUUUACGUGCUUAAAAGAAUUGAAACAACUCUACGCUUGUGAUAACGAACUUUCAAGCAUGAAGGGUUUAAGCCGAGUGCUUGUGCAUUUAAGUAUGCUUACCAAACUAGAGCUGGCUGGAAACCCUGUUUGCCAAAAGCACAAAUACAGAGAUCGAAUUAUCACAAUGGGGGUCAGAAUUUGUAUGGUAGACGGGAAAGAAGUGAGUGACACAGAGCGCCAGUUCCUUGUAAAUUGGAAAGCAAUACGUAGAGCUCGCAGGAAGAACCAAACACAAGUCACCGACCCACUAACAAAUAUUGAAACUAUUCCUACAGCCAAACAGAUCCUUCACAAAGGUCCCCCUCCAUUGACAAUGCCUGCUCUCCCACCAAGACAGCUCCCACGUCGAAUUAAACAACACUCUUCUCCUAGGCACGGAUACUUAACACAACAGCUAUCUCAUAACAUUGUAGCAACUCACCAUGAAAGAAGUAAACAAUCGGGAAGUAUCAAGCUUCCAGACAUUGUUAGUACAUAUGCUGCACAAUCAGUUACAAUGGAUUUCAAGCGAAAAAUUGUAGAUAGCUUAAGCCCAAUCAAGAACCCUUCAGCACAAACACAUGUCGUUCCUGUAUUACAUAAGUAAAAAUAUAAAUAUCACUUGGUUUUCACUUUUUGUAAAAUUUAUGGUAAUGAAAUAAGUUAAGAAAA